CAGCUAAACGCUUCCGUGUGUCGCAGACUGAGACAGAGACAGGCAGAGAACACAAGGCAGAAUGAAGAAGGUUGACAAGGUGGAUAAAGGCAGCGGUGGUGGAAAGUCAGGAAUUAAGAAAGAGAAAGUUCAGAGUUGGAUCCCCAAGCUCAUCAAGAAGCGAGUGUGCACCACAUUUGUUGAAGACUCUUUAAGUAAUGGAGUCCUCUGUCAGUGCGGUCAUGUGCGGAACGUGCAUAAUAUCUUGGACACAAUGGACUCCAGCGGGGCUGCGAUUGUCACCCAGUGGGACAGUCAGCAGCAUACCACCGAGUCUACCACCGAUGCCUUCGGAGAGCUGGAGUUUGCUGGCGCCGGUCACCGACACAGUUAUUUUCUGCGGCUAUCAUGUGACACACAACCUCAGAUCAUCUACACCCUGAUGACAACAUAUUGGGCUUUGCCAUCGCCCAAUUUGGUGGUGUCAGUGGUGGGGGGCGAAGGCUGCGAGAACAUCAAAACAUGGGUGAGAGAUGUCCUGAGAAACGGUCUGGUUAGGGCUGCACAGAGCACAGGGGCCUGGAUCUUGACGGGAGGUCUCCGGGAAGGCGUGGCUCGCUGUGUAGGUGAGGCAGUGAGGGACCAUGACGCUGCAGCACCGGCUCCCUCCAAAAAGAAAGUCAUAGCUGUUGGACUUGCACCCUGGGGCGUUGUGCACAACAGGCAACAGCUUGUAAAUGCACAGGGAAGCUUUCCUGCUUGCUACUAUGUUCAGAACACAUCACGUGACACCUGCUGCCUGGACAGCAACUGCCAGGCUUUCUUGCUGGUUGAUGAUGGCAGUACUGGCAGAAGAGGAGGAGAUACUGCAUUUCGUGCCAAUCUGGAGGACUAUAUUUCACACCAGCAUACUGGUAUUUGGGGUAGUGGCAGUAUUGAAAUUCCGGUGCUGUGUAUGCUCAUUUCAGGAGAUGUCCGUAUGCUAGAGAGAGUAGCUACAUCUCUGAAGAGAUCUACACCCUGGCUGGUUCUUGCUGGUACUGGUCCAGCUGCAGACUUUAUCAACGAACUUCUUUUGAGUCUUGCCUGCAUUUCCAACGUCCCGACAUCCCCAUCAAUAGAGGGUGAAGUUGUGGAGUAUCUAUCAGAUAUCCGUGACAUGGUCCGCGACAUGAUCAAAAGAUACUUUGAAGGGGAAGCUGACCUGGAAAAACUGGUGGACACUGCUCUGAGUAUUUACCACAACAGAGAGCUCAUCACUGUUUUCCAUGGGGAGCAAGAAGGACUGUAUGAUUUUGAUACUAUCCUCCUCAAAGCCCUUGUUAGAGCUAGUAAACGUCUGUCCAAUGAUGCCAGCGAGUACACUGAAGAAUUGAAACUGGCCGUUGCCUGGAACAGAGUGGACAUCGCCAAGGCAGAACUCUUCACUGGAAACAUACAGUGGACGUAUGAGGACCUGGACGACGCCAUGACAGAUGCUUUGAUCAAUGACAAGCCUCAGUUUGUGCGCCUCUUCUGUGAGAACGGUCUGAACAUCCUGGACUAUCUGACGUACCAGCGCUUGGAGAGCUUGUAUCGCUCAAUUUCGGACAGCACAGUGGUCUACACUCUGCUCCAGGAUCAUCUGAGUGACCGUCAGAGCCUGUCUGGAUCCCUACCUAAAAUAGGACCACUAAAUAGGUCGCAGAGUGCAAUGCCUGGGCUUGCUUCAGCUCAAGAGCUUAGCCUGUUUGAGGUAUCACGCGUGUUGUGGGACCUGCUGGGAGAUGUUUGUCAGCCUUUCUACUACGGACCCCUGAGCCUAGACCCCAAAACCAGCAAUCGGAAGACGCUUAGACAAGUCAUCAAGUUGUUGCAGGGUAAAUGUGCCUACCGAGACCAACACUGCCAGUCUCCCUGGGUAGCACUCUUCAUCUGGGCUGUCCUGCAGAACCGCAGUGAGAUGGCUAUUUACUUCUGGGAGAUGGUGGGGGAGUCAGUGCUGAGUGCGCUGGGUGGCUGUAAACUGCUGAGGGAAAUUUCUAAGUUUGAAAGUGAAACUGAGAGCAAGGUGGCCAUGAAAGAUCUGGCGCAGAAGUUUGAGGAUCUUGCACAUGAUGUCUUUGGAGAGUGUUACCAGAGUAGUGAGAGUCGCUCCUUCAACCUCCUGAUAAGAGUGUCUCCUGUGUGGCUUGGAACUACAUGUCUGCAUAUGGCAACUGUGGCUGAUGCUCGGCAGUUCUUCAGCCACGAUGGAGUACAGGCAUUGCUCUCCCAGAUCUGGUGGGGCAGCAUGGACAGAAGUACUGAGGUCUGGAAAUUGGUGAUGACCUUCUUUGUGCCCCCCCUCCUCUACACAGACUUAAUCAACUUCAGGAAGGAUCAGGAAGACGUGUGUAGUCCUGUAGAGGUCCACCACAUAGAGACUGACAACACAGAAGGAAAUGAUGCUACAGUCUUCUCUUUGGAAGAAAUUAUACAAAAUGAUGGCGAUGGUGAGGAGUUCAAGGCUCUCAAAGAAAAUCUGAAAGCCACUUCACCAUCCAAAACUAGGAGACCAUUCAUUGUGUCACGGUGGGGACAGUUUUGGUUUGCCCCUGUCACAUCCUUCCUGGGCAACGUGCUGAUGUACUUCCUGUUCCUCUCCUUGUUUGCUUACGUUCUGUUGGUGGAUUUCAAGCCCCCAUCUCAAGACGGCCUGUCAAAACUGGAAUUUGUGCUCUACUUUUGGGUUUUUACCUUAGUAUGUGAAGAGAUUCGACAGACCGUCUCCAUGGACAACAGCUUUGUGCUCCAGAGGAUGAAGAGUUACAUCCAGGAUAAAUGGAAUAAGUGUGACGUCAUAGCAAUCACACUCUUCAUUUGUGCUCUGUGUUGCAGAAUGUUUCCGUGGUCAUUCGAGUUUGGUCGAGCGCUGAUGGCCAUCGAUUAUAUGGUCUUCGCACUUCGUCUGAUCCAUAUUUUUGCUGUCCACAAACAGCUUGGGCCCAAGAUUAUCAUUGUUGGCAAAAUGAUGAAAGACAUUUUCUUCUUCCUCUUUUUCCUGGCUGUGUGGCUCAUGGCCUAUGGAGUAGCCAACCAGGCACUUCUCUACUUAUAUGAUCCCCGACCCAACUGGGUAUUUCGCCGUGUCUUGCACAAACCAUACAUGCACAUUUAUGGACUACUUCCUGUGGAAGAAGUGGAUGCGGAAUUAUUUCUAGACAUCAACUGUACCGAUAACAGGACACUGAUUGAAGCAGGAGCAGAGCCCUGCAUGAACACCUAUGCCAACUGGCUGGUUAUCCUCCUCCAGACUGUCUAUCUACUGGUUACCAACAUACUGCUAAUCAAUCUCCUCAUCGCCAUGUUCAGUUACACUUUCAACGAAGUUCAGGAGCGCAGUGACACCCACUGGAAGUUUCAGCGUUACAGCCUCAUCGUGGAAUACCACUCGAGACCUUGUCUGGCCCCACCAUUUAUCAUCAUUUCACAUCUUAAUCUGUUAAUCAAGAGAUGUAUACGCCGCAUUCCCUCGGAAAAGAGAAAACACUUUGUUUUGGAGUUGCAGGGCAUAAAGGCCAGCCGACUUAAGAUGUGGGAGGCUAUUCAGAAAGAGAACCUCCUCUCUGAUCAGAAUAAGCGUCAAAGAGAGAGUGACACCGAGCGGCUUAAACGUACAUCAGUCAAGGUGGAGAGUGUACUGAAGCACAUGGCACAGAACCGUGACCAUGACCGGCGUUUGCAGCUCCUUGAGACAGAGAUGGAGUUCUGCUGCAACGCCCUCUCCUGGAUGAUGGACGCUAUGUCUCAGAGUAAUCUAAUUACAAGCAACCGCCCCCAUCCAAUCCAACGAGGCAAUUUGGUGUCUUCAAUCAACCUACCAUGCACGUUCUGGGGAUGUGGGAGGAAACUGGAGUGCCCGGAGAAAACCCACGCAGCCACGGGGAGAACAUGCAAACUCCACAUAGGCGGGGCCGGGAUUUGAACCCCGGUCCUCAGAACUGUGAGGCAGAUGUGAUAACCAGUCGCCCACCGUGCCACUUUAUAUUUUAUGCGAAAAUAAAUUCCAGAAUAUGUGUAACAUUUCUCACGUCAAUACCGGCAUUAUUACCAUUCCUCAUUCUUGCUGCAUUUAAUCACAGCUCACUGUUUGUUGUUAGCUGAUGUAUUUCCUAGCUCGAAAACAUUUCAGGCGGCCAGAGACAGCACCACUGUCCUGUGUUUGAAUUGGAAUGAGAAAAACCAGCUGUUGGAACCACUAUUUUUAAGAAUGGUGACAAAAUAAAAGAUAAAGGCCAAUUAGAAGCCAUAUGAACACAGCCGCAGUAAAACUACGACUGAAACUAGGGAAAGACCCCACUCAGCCAUCUAAUUACCAUCUGCUGUCACUAAUUGAUACGGACAUAAAAAUAAUUUUUAAAGCUUUAGCCUACAAACUAGAAAAAAAAUCAUUCCAUCGAUAAUACAUUGUGACCAAACACGUUUUAUUAAAGGAUGGAGCUCCACUAACAAUGUCAGGUGAUAAACCCAAUAAGUAUGUUUUAGCGUAACAAUCUGAAAACUAUUGUCUUAUCGCGAGACGCAGAAAAAGCUUUUGACAAAGCCAACUGGGGCCUCAUGUACAAAAGGUGCGUACGCACAAAAACGUGUCGUCCGUUCUUUUUCACGGCAAAGGUCAGACGCAUCAAGAGUAAAAUGACCGUGGAAAUGUGCGGUGCCUCACGCCAACUUCGUGGCUAGCGUACGCGCGUUUCUGCAGCUUUUGGUGCUUUGGUGACACUUAGAGGUGAUGCUGGGAAACUGUUAUAAUAAAUCUGUCACUUGUUAACCUUGUUAACCAAUGUAUUUAAUGAAUCACUGAUAUUUGUGAGGACACCUAUUAAUUGAUCAGGGUGAUCAUUUAUGCCGCCUAUUGCCCUCACAAUCACUUCUUGUGACUCCAGCACAUGCACUGAAAAAACAGAGUCAUUUGAAUUUACUUAAUUUGAACAUGUACAAAUGGUUGCACAUGAUUAAAAUGUGUUGAAAUGGCAAUUUACCCCUCUUCUCCGAAAAAAAAAACAUGAUAUUUUUUUUCCCCAAUAUGUAUGUCCUUUCCUGUGUAUUAAAAUAACAAAUUAUUAUUAUUAUUAUAUAUAUUAUAUUAUUAUAAAGUAAUCAAAAAGGAGUCAAAGUCUUUGAUAUCCUCUCUGAUAUGCUGAUGUGCAUCCAUUUGAAUUGAAAAGAUUUAUGACAAAUACCAUACAUACAACAUUUACGCAUGAACGUUUAUCUCACAGGGCUGAGCGUCGGUUACUGUAUGAACACAUUUGUUGUGAGUUAUAAAAAUACAUGGUAUUAACCUUGCGGGGUGAUCCAAGUCAGCCACAUGUGCUCCCAGCACCCCUGAGAGAGCAGCGCCAUCCAUGAUUGCAGCGACUCUCUCCUCGAACGGGGUCAGCACUGGUUCUUCCGCCUGUUUUGGACACACUUUGGCGGUGGGCAGCUGUCCGGUACCCAUGCCCUUAGGGACUAGUCGGGUUGCUUCAGUUGGGCCCAGGAACUGCCCUGGGUCCUGGGGAGUGGGUGGCGCCCCCCCCUGCCUGGGUCCCCAUCUGGGUGGAGGGGGCCGGGCUUACCCUUCCUCAAUGUCCCGGCUCAGCAACUCCAUGCACCAGUUGACUAACAUGCAUGGGAUAUGGUGUACAUCAGGGGUGCUCAAUGCGUCGAUCGCAAUUGACCAGUCGACAGCGAAGGUAGUAUUGGUAGAUCGCAUGACAAGCUACUCAGUGAGUUACCUCCGAUUUUUAUCUCUUGGUGUUUUAUCUUAAACUUAAGAAAGGGUAUAAAAAUGAGUGGGGGAGCUGGACCAAGUAAGAAGACAAAAACUUUCCACUUUCAUACGGAAUGGGACGAGGACUAUUUUUUCACGAUGACAUUUUCGAAAUCCGUAUGCCUCAUCUGCCAGUCUGCCAUCGCAUUACCAAAGAACGGAAAUGUGGAGUGGCAUUUUAGGACUGUGCAUGGAAAAUACGACACAAACUACGCAUCUCUGGCUGAUUCACUUCAGUGCAAGUCACCGGAGUAAACUCAGGCAAUGACAAAAAAAUGUACAUGGUUAAUUAGGUUGUGUUGUGCAAGAUUGGCUCAUGCGGUGAUGCAAAGUACAUCGACAUACAUUGAUGCUGAGCUGUGUCGGCGGUCAAGAAUUUUAGCUCACUGGUCGCGCUCUGCUUUCACAAACCGGAGACAUGGUCACGGCCCCCACCCCCCCAAAAAAGGUAGAUCGCGGGAGGUUGGCUGCUUGAAAAGUAGAUCUUGCGGCAAAAAGGUUUGGGCACCCCUGGUGUACAGUCACUUGUAAGCUCCAUAGACACAUUAUAGGCUUUAAUUGUUUGUGCUGGGACCACUAAUAACACAGGUUAUAUAAAUCGCUCGGUGUAGGGCCCCCUCACUCAUUGCACCAAAUAACUUAUGACUAUGCCAAUUUCUUAGGUAUCUCCUCACUCUAACUCUGGUCCUAAAGACAUUUAUAAUUUACAUACCCACUCCCACCACACUUGAGUUGUACAACUGGGUUCGAGACCCUUGUCCUGCAUGCUUACGUGAGCGUGGCCUGCUAAUUAGCACAAGCCUGCUAUUAGCAACAAGACCAGCAAUCAAGAUGCCUCCCUUUUCCACUGAGGACUAUCACGGACUGCUACAGAGGAUGUCAAUCAUGGAAACGAAAAUCCACCAUCUUGAAGUGUAUGUGGAUGUAAAUGGACAGUCAGGGAACGAAACCACUUUAUCGAUGUCUCAAAAUGGUGAGCACAAGUGUGCUAACAGAAAGCCACUUAGCUCAACAAAGAGGACAGAUGUGGACUGUGGAAACGGUAAUGGAUCAUCCAGCAGUUCUCCCUGGAAUUUACUGGGAGCAAACCGCAAAGAUAUGGGACAACUUCUACAAGGGAGGACACAACACCAGCAGAUUACCGAGGAAGUAUUCUUUUUUUGGAUGGAUUUUAGCUCUUUUGAAUAUCUCUAUUUUUCAGUUAAAGGUGGCCCUAAGGUUAUUGUUUUAAUAAUUUAUAGACCUAUAAGAUACAAUAGAAAAUUUAUGGGGGAUUUUUCAGAACUGCUGUCAACUAUUUUGUCAUACCGGGAGACUUAAACAUUCAUGUUGACAAUAACGGGAAAUCUAAAGAACUCUCUGCUCUGCUUGACACAUUUGACCUCUCUCAACAUAUUAAGAGUCCAGCCCAUACUCAAGGUCACAUCUUAGACCUGGUCAUCUCUAAGGAUGUUGAAAUUUUAUCAAUUGACAUUAAGGAUAUAGCUAUUGCUGACCAUUUUGGUGUAUUCUUUGAAUUACAGAUUCUUCCAAAAAGUUCAGACAACCUCUAUGUCUAUUAAGAAAAGGUACAUAAAUGAGAGCAGUUUAUGGAGACCAUAGCUGUGGCGCAAACUGUGAAUGUGGAGACAGUUGAUGAACUUUUGGAUAAUUUCACCUGGAAAAUCUCAAAUGUCAUGAAUUCUGUCGCUCCUAUUAAAACUAAGACAAUCUUGAGGUGAUCUAGAACACCGUGGAGGAGCGCAAUGAUGGUAAAGACCCAUAAUAAAAGUGUAGGAAAUGAGAAUGUAAGUGGAGAAAAACUAAACUCCAAAUUGACUACAACCUCUACAGACCAAGUCUUUGUAAUUUUAACCAAGAGUUAUUCAUUGCUAGACAGCACCAUUUUUCUGAAAUCAUCAAUAAGAACUCCAACAAUACUCGCACUCUGUUUGCUGUGGUUGACGAGCUCACAACCCCCCGAAUCAGAUCGCUUCAGAACUCCUAACAGCAGAUCAAUGUAAUUAAUUUGCUUGUUAUUUUAGUGAAAAAAUACAAUCCACCAGGUUAAAUAUCAGCACAAAUCAGCAAAUAAUAAAAUUAUACUACAUCUGAAGCCACCCUAGAAAAACUCUAUGACCAUGUCAGAAUUUGAUACAGUUGACCAAAAAACUAGUGAAAACGGUUCACCAGCUGAAACCAUCAAUGAGCUGUCUUGACUCAAUACCAUCUGACUUUUUCAAGGCUAUUGCGAAGUCUGUGCGAGCUGACUUGCAGCAAAUAAUCAAUUGCUCACUUCAGUCAGGCGAGUUUCCUAAAGCUCUUAAAGUAGCUGCCGUUAAGCCUCUGCUAAAAAAAAUAGAACGCUGGACACUGCUUUAAUUGUACUUUUAUUUUAUUUUCUCUUUGUUUUAAAUGUUUGGAUGCUGUUUUUUUCUUUGUUUUUCAUUGCUUUUAAUCAUAUAAAACACAUUGAGUUACCUUGUGUAUGUAAUGCGCUAUAUUAAUAAAUUUGCUAUGCUUUGCUUCCCCUCC